AUGAGCAAAACAGCCUCUGCGAAAAAAAUACCGCUGUACUAUGUGGAGGUCUCAAAUGAUAGCCGCCGCGCCUUUAUUUUUUACAAGGGGCAAUUAUUAGACCAGCUAAUUCAGCCUAACCAAACAGACCAGCUAAUUCAGCCUAACCAAACAGACCAGCUAAUUCAGCCUAACCAAACAAACCAGCUAAUUCAGCCCAACCAAACAAACCAGCUAAUUCAGCCCAACCAAACAAACCAGCAGGACCAAAAUGACAUAAACAAACAGAUGUACGACUACUAUUACAACAACAGUAACCCCGAUGGGGCUAUGGGAGACAAGAGGGGCUAUAACACUAUGCCGGGAGUCAUCCCCUUCAACGGUAAGGCUUGCAUGGGAAGCCACCACAACUUUGAUUACCGUCGUUGUUCCUAUGUUAACGUCUCGAAUUACUGCAUCACGCAGCAUUGCACCGCCGCCCCCUUUCUUCACAACGACGCAGGAAACUAUGCCCUGAAUUACGGAUACAUGAACCCGGCCUUCUAUCAAAUGAACAGCGGAAUGUACCCAAUGGCUGCUAUGAUGAACCCAUACAGUAACAUCAUGAGUAGGUUCCCAAGCCGAAUGGAAGAAUACUCCAAUAGCUACAGAUAUAGCAAUCUAGACCAUACCUUCAGGGGGGGUAUGAAAUAUAGAAUGGGUGCAAACAGUACCUCCAGUAGCUCCUUCCAUUCAUCUCUAGCUAAUUACAACAAUGAGGAAAAAAAAAACAUCCUCGAAAUGACAAACACUACAACGUACAAUGUGAAUACGUUACUCAGAAAUAACAUUUUAUCGUCUGAAUAUUUCAGAUCGCUAAUUUCAUUUAAAACCAUUAAGGAGGUGCUAGACGAAAUUCAUUUAUAUGCCGACCAUGUGGAACCCUACUGCAUUGGAAGUACAAGGGCGCCCUCGACUCUUUUUUGCUGCCUCUACAAGUUGUUCACCAUGCAUUUGUCGGAGAAGCAGAUGAAGAUGUUAAUCGAAAGUCGCGACUCCUGCUACAUACGAGCCUGCGGGUUUCUGUAUUUGAGAUACGUCCAUUCACCUGCCAAUCUGUGGAUGUGGUUCGAACCCUACCUCCUGGAUGAAGAUCAGUUUGUCACAUCAGCUGACAAACGAAAGAAGCAGACGAUAGGCGAGUACAUUCAAUCCCUCUUGGCGGACGAUAAGUAUUUCAACACAGUCCUGCCGAGGAUGCCCAUAAAAAUAAAAAACACCUAUGGUGCACGACUGAUGUUGAUGAGUGACCAUAGGAAGAGGCUCAAAAGGAACAAGGAGAAUAUUUCCAAAUUUGUGAAGGGAGAACCCGUUAUGGCCUAUGUCAACGGCGAGUGGGAGAAGGGCGAAAUAGGAGGCAUCGUGAAUCACGGCAAGGAAAAGAUUUUCGUCAGAAUGAGAGAAAUCGAUGGGAACGAAAAGCUCGUUAAUAUCGGAUACGUGACGCUGGGCUCGAAGGACCCCGACAGGGAAGGGGACACAGAAAGGGAGGAUGCCACCGAAAAGAGCCAAAUUAGAAGCAGAAAUGAAAAAACGCACAGGAGGUCUAGCAGAAGUAGGAGCAGGGGCAGAGACAGAGACAGGAUCAGGGCUAGAGACAGGGACAGGAGCAGAAGUCGGCAUAGAAGUAGACAUAAGAAUAGGAGUCGCGAUCGGGAUAGAAGUCGAGACCGGGAUAGAAGUCGAGACCGGGAUAGAAGUCGAGACCGGGAUAGAAGCCGAGACCGGGAUCGAAGUCGAGACCAGGAUAGGAGUCGCGACCAUGAGAGACACAGAAGGGGACGAACAAGUGAAGAACGGAACGAAAAAAAACACUCCUCACACGACAAAUCGCAUAGAGACCACCGUGAUAGGUCACUCACGAAACGCGGAAGAAAAUCCUACGAAGAAUCGCACAGGAGAAGGGACAACUCAGCAUCGAGAUUGUCCAAGUCGUACAAUUCCGGAGAAGACGGUAAAGAACAUAGAAGGGACAAGUACGAAAUUAAUGAAAACGAAUUAAUUAACAAAUAUAGAAAAAUAGAAAGCCAAAAGGCACUCGCUACUGGAAAGGAUUAUGCUCGCAGACCCACGUCAUAUAAAUCCUCUCUAACCACAAGGGUGGAGAAUAUUCAAACGAGAAAAAAAUCCAUUUCGAGAUCUCCCAAAAGAAUAGACAGAACCGUGAGUCAUUCGAGGAAGAAUGAGAAGGUCACUGAAAAUGCUGCGAUGGAAAACUCCAAAUUGAAGCAGCUAAUGAAAAAGUAUAACAAAGAGGACGAUGGGGAGGCGAAAAGAAAAAAGAACGCACGGGAUAUGGAUGAAAUGGAUGUCAUGAGGUUGGGGUAA